AUGGCAACAACUUCCUUCUGGAAGGCAAGGUGGUUGGGAAAUGGAACCUUAGCCCAACAAUACCCUACAUUAUUCAAUAAUGAAGGAAUAGAGGAUGGUUCGGUCGUAGAACAUGGCUGGUGGGAGGGAGGAUUUUGGUACUGGCACUAUCCUAAAUUAAAUGCAUUGUUAAGUGGAGCCACUGGUGAAGAAGAAGAGGAAUCAUUGAAGAACAUUCUUAGCGAAAUUCAACCUAUACCAGGAGCGAUGGAUAAAUGUGUGUGGAUUCCAAAUUCAGAAAAACAAUUUUCUGUACUGUCCUUCUAUAAUGUUAUAAUCCAGGUGGAAGAUACGGGCCAGCUGCACGAAUCAACGAAGGAAGCGCUGGAGUUACUGUGGGAAACAAAAGUGCCUUCAAAAAUCAAGAUUUUUAAUUGGAGAUUGCUGUUAGAUAAACUGCCCACAAGUUACCAUUUGAUCCGAAGGAACAUCAUUCCGGAUGUGAUGGAAAAUCGAUGCCCGUUAUGUGCCGCGAGUGAAGAGAAUACACUGCAUCUCUUUCUCAAUUGUCCCACUACUGCAACAGUCUGGAAGCAGGUAUUAACUUGGUUGGAUAGAGAGCAUUCCAUUCAGAUUGAUAUUAUAGAUCAUUUCUUGUCAUUCAAUACAACAUUUAAAGGCAAAUAUGGUAAGAACAAGGAACGUAUGGUAUGGAUGGAUACAACGUGGAGUGUGUGGAGAAUGAGAAAUGACUUGUUAUUCAAUAGCAUAGAAGUAGAUGUUGGAGAACUUGUGUUUAACAUAAAACUUGUCUCACGGUUAUGGUUGGGGAUUGAUAGGAAGAAAUUUAUAGGUUGUACUUUUUAUUCCUUGAUCAAUGUCUAUGGGCUGAGUACCCCUUGUGCUCAUAAUAUAUAA